ACUGAAACGGCCUAACUGUGAGCUCGAGGAGAAUGCGGCGGUUGAUAUAAAUGACGACCUGUGAAAACCGUGGCGACUUCUUGUUUCAGCGCUUCUAGCUCGCCACUGUUGCUUAGCAUCGGCUCAUUUCUUCGAGGAAUCCCGAGGUCCAAAAGCAGAGGGCCAUGUUCGUGUCACCAGGCGAUCCGCAGCUUUCGUUGGUCGCCCAGUUUGACGACCUCUGUCGACGGCAUACCGCGUAUACCGACACCGCAACCGAAGAACUAAUGUUGGAAUUUGUGCGUAACCAGGAAGUAUGCCGCAGACAGUGGCAUGCAGCCAUCGUCGAAAACGCUGAGCUCAAGAAGCAGGUUGCUUUGUUGACCGAAACGAACAUCGAACUUGAGCGAAACCUUGCCCACACCAAGGAAGUGCUGCGCAAAGAAUUGCUGCGCAGAGAAAGGUGCGAAGAAGAGUCGCAGCAAAAGCAACGCCAGCUGGAUCAGGUUCGCGACCUCCUUGCCAACAAUGCUGAAAUCUGCGAUGAGACAGCCGAGAAGCUCUCGAUUCUUAUGCCUGCUGACAACGGACUGCAGGAUCCCACAGCCAGGCUGAGCAUCAUUGACGAGUCCGUAGGUUCUGUGCUUUCACCUUCCGGAGACGACCUGGACGUCACCGAUGAUUCUGCCGAUUUCAGCAUGCGCCGCUCACAGGGCAAGCGGCGGCACUGUUUCUUUGAAGGCAUAUCGCCGGUUGAAAAAAAGUCCAAGGCAAACGAUGAACUUGACCGCUCUUGUACAAACAUGGUGCACACAACUGUGACAAUCACAGAUGGCAAGGAACUGGUAGCAACUUCACGGGUGGUCACGCAGCCAUUGCCCCCGAUGGCACCGACCCCGCCACCACCGCCACCGCCAACGCCAGCUUCUUCGACACCCACGAUGGCAUUGACACCCACGACAACGCCCAAGUACUCUAGUGGAUCUGCACCGAACACUCCGGUGGCCCAGAGGCGCGGGAAGGUUGCAGCGAGUGCCACCAUGCCGAGGCGGAGCAACUCGGCUGAGAAGCUGCUAUCCCGACAGCACACCUUCUGCCCCAAGACGGUGAUCAAGACGGAGACGUGUGGUCCUUGCGGCAAGCGCAUCAAGUUCUACAAAACAGUCUACCGAUGCAGCCGCUGCAAUGCCAUCUGCCACCCGGAGUGCAAGUACCAGGUGCCGCUGCCCUGCAUCCCGGUGUGCGAGACACCCAAGAGUGGAGGAGCGGGCAGCCGUCGGGGCACGCUCAUCUCCGACCACGUCCCCUCCACGGCACCCAUGGUGCCUGCACUCGUGGUCCACUGCAUCCAGGAGGUGGAGCGCAGAGGCCUGGACUGUGUGGGCCUCUAUCGGGUAUCUGGUUCGGAACGUGAAGUGCGUGAGAUAAGGGAACGCUUCCAGCAAGGCAAGGGUGCCCCAAACUUGUCAAAGGUUGACAUCUAUGCUGUGUGUGGAGUCCUCAAGGACUUCCUGCUUUCACUCCGCGAGAGCCUCAUCACCAAGUCACUCUGGCACACUUUUGUCAGCGCAACAGAGCUAGAGCACGAGGACCGGGUGUGGGCCAUGUGGCAGGCGGUGAUGCAGCUUCCGCCGGCCAACCGGGACACCCUGGCCGUGCUGGUGCUGCACUUGCAAACGGUGGCCGCCCACCCCGAGGCCAAGAUGCCCCUGAACAACCUGGCGCGUAUCUUCGCCCCCACCGUGGUCGGCUGCUCGGUCAACGACGUGGCCACGGUGCCCAACCUCUUCGUCGAGAUGGAACAGCAGAACCAGGUGAUGGAAGCCUUGCUGUCGCUGCCAGCAGAUUACUGGAAUCAGCUCUUGGAUGUCUAGCACAGUGAAAGACCUUGGCACUAUGAAACCGGUGUUUGACAGCCUAGCCAGGUGUGAGGAGUCGCCCGCUGAUCUCGUGUCCCGGCAUAAAGUUGCGGCAUACCAGGACAUGCUUAGUUUCUUCUCCUCAUUUUAUUUAUACACUUUGACAAUCUCUGUACAGUGCAGAAUUUUAAUAAAUUUGUGUAAAAGCUCUCUUCCCCGCCUCA